UCUUCCCUCCCUUCUCCACCCCUCCCCUCCUCCUCCGCCCCCAGCCUCCGCUGCGGCGGGAGGAAGAACCCUUUCCGACCAGCCAGGAGAACCCAGAUCGAUUCCCAUUCGGGGAGAAAGAAGAGACCUCCACACUUGGAUCCCAGUGGCUACUCGCCCCAGAAUCACGGAAGUGGCUCGCCGUCCAUCCGAGAACCCGCGCCCACUGCAGCCCCCCGACCCUCGCCCAGCCGCAGCCGUGUAGACAGCGCUCCCCAGCGUCCCCCCCCUCCCCCCGGCCUCGCCAAACCCACUCCCCGCUUGGGGCCAGGGCCGGCGAUGCCUGGCAAGGCAGAGGCAGUGGCCGCGGCUGCUGCUGCUACUGCCAUCGCUGCCACGGCUGCUGGCCCGGGUCGGGGGCUCCAGUCUCCGCUGUGGGGCUGAGCCCGCAGCCCCGCCCCCCGAGCCUGAGGCCGCUGCUCCGCCGGGCGCCGGGCCUCCUCCGCCCGCGCCUCCGCCCCAGGAGCUGGAGCCAAGCGGGGAGCCCGGGCCCCGCGCCCAGGCCCGGACCAUGCUUGGCCACCGAGCCCCGGGGGGCGCCGGGCCUUCGGAUCCCGAACACCCGGCCCCGAAUCCCCCCGGCGCCGCUCCACUGGCCUGUGCCGACUCGGACCCUGGAGCUUUGGAACCCCGACUGCCGGUGCGCCGAGGCUCUGGCUCGGCUCUGGGAGCCCCCCUGGAUCCCCAGUUUGCUGGACCCUCGGACGUCUGCCUGGGUGCUGCUCCAGGGCCCCGGGUCGUGCCCUGCGGCCCCAGUCCACAGCACCAUCGGGCCCUGCGCUUCUCCUACCACCUGGAGGGCUCACAGUCUCGGCCUGUGCUGCACCAGGGAAACCGGAUCCUGGUUAAAAGUUUGUCCCUUGACCCUGGCCAGAGCCUUGAGCCUCAUCCAGAAGGUCCUCAGCGGCUUCGCUCAGACCCCGGCCCCCCCACUGAAAUCCCUAGCCAGCGUCCUUCACCACUGAAGCGGGCACCGGGCCCAAAGCCACAGGUUCCCCCAAAGCCCAGCUACCUGCAGAUGCCCCGGAUGCUUCCCCCACCUGAACCCAUCCCUCCUCCACCAUCACGCCCACUGCCUGCAGACCCUCGAGUGGCCAAAGGUCUGGCUCCCAGGGCAGAAGCCAGCCCCAGUUCUGCAGCUGUAUCUUCACUGAUUGAGAAGUUUGAACGAGAACCUGUGAUUGUCACCACCGAUAGGCCAACCCCUGGCCCCUGUCCCGGACCCCCAGAGCCAGCUAUGUUGCCACAGCCACCCCUGCAGCCCCCAGUGUCCCAGCUUCCUGAGGGUGAGGCCUCCCGCUGCCUGUUCCUGUUGGCUCCUGGGCCCCGGGAUGGUGAGAAGGUACCCAACCGAGACAGUGGCAUUGACAGCAUCAGCUCACCAUCCAACAGUGAAGAGACCUGCUUCGUCAGUGAUGAUGGGGCCCCCAGUCACAGCCUCUGUCCUGGGCCCCCUGCCUUGGCCAGUAUGCCUGUUGCUUUGGCCGAUCCCCACCGGCCUGGCUCUCAGGAGGUUGACAGUGACCUGGAGGAGGAAGAGGACGAGGAGGAGGAGGAAGAGGAGGAGGAAGAGGAAGUGAAAGACAGAGAAAUCCCAGUGUCCCCAAUGGAGAGACAGGAGUCCGUGGAGCUGACUGUGCAGCAGAAGGUAUUCCACAUUGCCAAUGAACUCCUGCAAACUGAGAAGGCCUAUGUUUCUAGACUUCAUCUUCUGGAUCAGGUGUUUUGUGCCCGGUUGUUGGAAGAAGCUCGGAACCGCAGUUCCUUCCCUGCUGAUGUGGUCCACGGCAUCUUCUCAAAUAUCUGCUCCAUCUAUUGCUUCCAUCAACAGUUCUUGCUGCCAGAGCUGGAGAAGCGUAUGGAGGAAUGGGACCGCUACCCACGCAUUGGAGACAUCCUGCAGAAGCUGGCCCCCUUCCUCAAGAUGUAUGGCGAGUAUGUGAAAAACUUUGACCGGGCUGUAGAGCUGGUUAACACCUGGACAGAGCGCUCCACCCAGUUUAAAGUUAUCAUCCAUGAGGUGCAGAAGGAAGAAGCCUGUGGCAACCUCACACUGCAGCACCACAUGCUGGAGCCUGUGCAGCGCAUCCCACGCUAUGAGCUGCUUCUCAAGGACUAUCUGUUAAAGCUGCCUCAUGGCUCCCCGGACAGCAAGGAUGCCCAAAAGUCUCUGGAGCUGAUAGCCACAGCGGCAGAGCACUCUAAUGCUGCCAUUCGCAAGAUGGAGCGAAUGCAUAAGCUGCUGAAGGUAUAUGAGCUGCUAGGAGGUGAGGAGGACAUUGUCAGCCCAACCAAAGAGCUCAUAAAAGAAGGCCACAUCCUGAAGCUCUCAGCAAAGAAUGGGACCACUCAAGACCGAUACCUCAUACUAUUCAACGACCGCCUCCUUUACUGCGUGCCCAGGCUGCGGCUGCUUGGCCAGAAGUUUAGCGUGCGGGCACGCAUCGAUGUAGAUGGCAUGGAGCUAAAGGAAAGCUCCAACUUCAACCUUCCUCGGACCUUCCUGGUAUCAGGAAAGCAGCGCUCCCUGGAGCUCCAGGCCAGGACUGAGGAGGAGAAGAAAGAUUGGGUCCAGGCCAUCAACUCCACCCUCUUAAAGCAUGAGCAGACCCUGGAGACCUUCAAACUGUUGAACUCAACAAACAGGGAAGAUGAAGAUACCCCACCCAACUCACCAAAUGUGGACCUUGGGAAGAGAGCACCCACGCCCAUCCGGGAAAAGGAAGUCACCAUGUGCAUGCGCUGCCAGGAGCCUUUCAACUCCAUCACCAAACGCAGGCACCACUGCAAGGCUUGUGGGCAUGUGGUUUGUGGGAAGUGCUCUGAGUUCCGGGCCCGCCUCAUCUAUGACAAUAACCGCUCCAAUCGUGUGUGCACUGAUUGCUAUGUGGCCUUGCAUGGGGUGCCCGGGAGCAGUCCAGCCUGCAACCAACAUACACCCCAGCGCAGGAGGUCUAUCCUGGAGAAACAGGCCUCAGUAGCUGCUGAGAACAGCGUCAUCUGCAGCUUCCUGCACUACAUGGAAAAGGGCGGGAAAGGAUGGCACAAGGCAUGGUUCGUGGUCCCUGAGAAUGAACCUUUGGUGCUGUACAUCUAUGGAGCCCCUCAGGAUGUGAAAGCCCAGCGCAGCCUGCCCCUCAUUGGCUUCGAGGUGGGGCCUCCUGAGGCAGGGGAGCGGCCUGACAGAAGGCAUGUCUUCAAGAUAACCCAGAGCCACCUAAGCUGGUACUUCAGUCCCGAGACAGAGGAGCUUCAGCGGCGCUGGAUGGCUGUGCUGGGCCGGGCAGGCCGUGGGGAUACGUUCUGCCCCGGGCCCACACUGUCUGAGGACAGGGAGAUGGAGGCACCAGUGGCAGCAUCAGGAGCCACUUCUGAGUCCCCUGAAGCCCCCCAGACCCGAGACAAGACCUAGAGGGUUUAGGGGGGAAUUGGGAGCCCCCACCCCACACUCUAGCUGCCCAUGUCCAACUGGGGACUCCAGCCCCCUCCCCUCCCAGCUCAGUCAAUACUUGAACUCCCAUUACGGGCACUUUCAAUCCCGAAUGCUGGGUUUUGGGUUUUUUUUUAAAUUCAUCUUUUCACAAAAUGUGGGCUUUU